GUGACCCUCGAGCCUCCUCAACCGCCGUAACGGUGGCUGGAGUCGUGCCGAGCGGCUGCUUGCCCGUGUGGCAGCGGGUGAAACCCUGCUGUAACGGGGCACGGCGUGGGUGCAGCACGGGUAGCCUGGCUUCUUCUACAAGAGGGUGCUUGAAAUCAUUAGGGCAGGGCUUUCUGUCCCACUGGCACAAAGGGAUGGUGUGGGAGCAGCUGAGGGCUGUUCACAGACAACAGAGAUUAAAUUAUUAAUGGAGGUUUCUUACUUGAACACAAAUCCAUUUGUAGUCAGAGGCUUGCCAUCCCUUUAUCCGUAGUCAGGCAUCCUCUCAGUGACUUCCCUCAGUGUUGCCAGCCCUUUGUGGAUGGUUUAUGGUGGUAUCCCAUCUUUAAAAUCCACUUGGUCCAACUAUAGCAGCUUUCAAAAAAAAAAAAAUCAUUGUUAAUGACUUCAGCUGGUACUGUUGCACAUUGCAGUGUUUAAUGGUAUUUAACGAUUUGAAGUUAAUGGAAUGGUUGAAGACAGAAUUAGCGCACCACCAGUAACAGUCCUUUAAACUCCUAGGAUUUCUUGAUGUUAAAAAUGUCCCAUGUGCACGAGAAUCAGUGCUCUAUGGCUCUGUGGGAUCUUUAGUUGUGGGUCUUGGACACUUUUUAGCAACCAUAUUUUUGUUUCAGGUAGAGUUAAAAGAUCCUGCGACUUUGCAGUCGGUGGCUUUAUUUGCACAAUGUUAGGAUACUGGUUUUACUGCAGGUACAUUUUAGCCAAACACAGGAUCCGGCAAAGAAUGCUUAAAGAAGGAAUGAGAAACAAAAUUUUAUUUGAAGGCAGUUCUUUUGAUCCAGAAAAAAAACAAACAGACAGUGAAAGAAGCAAUUCAUAGUCUGCUCUAGAAGAAUCUGUGGGCUAAUACAGCUUUGGGAGAAGGUGGUCCAAAAAUGGUGGUGUUCCCUGUAAACGUGUGAGGUAACUGAUAAAUCAUGCUGAUUUUCCUAGAAAAUUCAAGUAAGAAAUUCAGUGUUAAAUCAGUAUACAAGCCUUUCUUUGUUUCAUGUAUGUAUGUAUAUGACUAUGUACACGGUCAGGAAUGACCUCCAUGGUUUUGGCUUGUUAAACAUUUGGGAAUUGAUGUGGUCUGCUGCAGGGUCUUGGAGGAUUAAUGAUGACAUUUUGGGACUGCUUGAACUGUAUUAUAAACAGAAUGGUGCAUUUUAGCAAAGUUGUAAUUACGUCUCAUUUAAAUACAGGCAAAUAUUUCCAUCAGCUCUUCUCUGAGUAAAUGCAUCUUUCAGUGCUGCUGGUAAGCAUGCUGUUUGUAAAACAGGAGUAUUUAAAUAGUCGGUGAAUGCUUUGCCUGUGCAAGGUGGAUAUCAGUAGCUUUUGUAAGAUUUCAGCUGCAGAGCAGUGGGCAGCUUCAAAUAAUCUAUAUAUACUGUGAGCUUCCAUCUGUGUCUGUGCAAAACGAAGAAUAAAACCACGCUUCAGGAGGAGCCUCAGGUAUUUGUGUAGUAUCUUUUGACUUGAUUAAAAAUCUUCUCUUUGAGACGUUUCCUUAACAAUUGCUGGAAUAAUAGUUAAUAUUACAAGUAGUAACGGUAAGCAGUUCAUGGAAAAAGGCAUGUUCUGUUAAUAUAUUUCACUGUAAAUCUUAAGAUAAAAAUAUAUCUACAUGCUUUAAA